UCGCGCCCCCAAGCAGCAGUUACACUCUCGGAUGCAGCGGGUAGGGAGCAGUUUCACCACCGGGCAGUGCGAACCCGGAGAAAACCGGGCGGCCUCCCGAUGUCCCAGCGUGGCCAUUGCUGAUCGAAAUCAAGUGGCCACACUACCAGUGAGGCUGCUCAAGGAUGAUCUGGCUGCGGCGCAGGGCAAUGGCUGUGAGCAACCAAGUUUCCAGAUGAAAUUGGAUGCCCAAGGUUUUGCUCCGGAGGACUUGGUGGUGCGAAUAGAUGGCCAGAACCUGACGGUGACUGGCCAGCGUCAACAUGAGUCGAAUGACCCGAGCAGGGGCCGCUACCGCUUGGAGCAGAGUGUUCACCGACAAAUGCAGCUCCCGUCGACCUUAGAUCCUGAAGCCAUGACCUGCAGCCUGACCCCCUCUGGCCAUCUGUGGUUCAGGGGACAAAACAAGUCCCUAACUACCGCUGAAGCACAAACAGGCCAGUGCCUGAAACUCAGGAGAGGCACUAAGGGCUCCUUAAAAAACGGAAGUGUGAAGAAACCUUAAAGUUCCUGAGGACGGAAGAGUUGGAAACAAGUAGCUACCUCCCGCUGAAGCCCAAACAGGCCAGGCCCUGAGACUCAGGAGAGGCCCUAGGCAGUCCAACCUACCCUAAUGCAUUAAACCGAGGUGUGCAACAGC